AUGCGAGUAUCUGCCGUUACAUAUGUACGAGCUCGGUCAUUUUUGUCAUCGUUAUUUGGGAAGUCCAAAUCAACGUCUGAAGGAGAUGCAACAAAGCUGACCAAGCAACAGCAGGAAAAAUUGUUGACUAUUCUUCCGGGCUUGAGAACCGAUGCUCCAAAAUCCAAACGCGAAGAAGAAGUUGGAAGUUACGAAGCUGCUGACAUUUUGGAUUAUCAACUUGAUAUGGACUCAAUCCGAGCCCGAGGUUUAUUGAAGUAUCGCUACAAUUACGAACCUUCUGUUAACGUCAGAGAUACAGUUCUGAAAACGGCUAGAGAGAUUUUCCCGGCGAAAGACGAGGGUCCUUCUGACAUUCCUCAAAUUCAGUUAACCGAUAACACCCUUAAAGCGAAAAUAAUAACAACACUCUCGGAAAAAAUGAGACAUUGUCCCACAAACGCUCGCCUCAUGCAUAUCAAAUCUGUGCAGGACUUAAUUGAUUUCUAUGAGGAACCAGUAAAAAAUAUAACCGAAUACACUAAACUUGCUAGACAGGAAUCGAAGCCAAUCAAUAUUUACAUGUUGGAAAACGCAAGAAGAUUCCAUCCAGAAGAUAUAGAUGCUUGGCAUGGAGGAAUCACCGCUUUCCCCGGAAGUGGUGGAAAAGUAAUAAGUCUGCGCAAUAAACGCCUACUUCGUCAGUUCCAACCGAAAGCGGAUUGGUAUGACUAUGAAGAUCAGACGUUCGACUACAACCGCCCAGACAAAGACAUGCCAUGGGAUAGUGAGAUUGCACGGAGGAUGGAUAGGUAUCCAGAAAAACGAUUUGAUCUUAAGAGCAGGCAGUUCAUCAGAUCGAAAUAA